UAUAAUCAGCGUCUGUCACCAAUGUCAGCUAUCGGUAACGUGCGAAAUUGCAUUUUUGGCUGAACGAAAAGACAAAUAUCCACUCUUCUAGCGUGUUUUUUGGCUAACAAGUUACGGUAACUGGUGUAACUUUGUCGGUCACGUGACCCCCCUCGGUUUGGCGAGAAGGAACUGUAGCCUCAGUUACUUAACAUUCACUAUUCGCCUGCAGAGCCACCGUUAGAUUCAUUACAUGUGUCUACUACACACAUGUCGCUGAACGGCGAACGGUGAGAGGAUCCCUGCUUUGUAAACGCAACGUUUUAAUGCUAACUUUAGCAUGACGGCACACGUAAACUUCCGACAAUGCUAAUUGUUGUUAGCCAGGGUUAGCUACAGGGCUGAGUAGUAAUGACUCUAGCUAACGUUACAAACUGAAAACAUGACACCGUGUCCCAUUUUGCAAUGGGUUCUCAGAACUAAACAAAUAACAAAGUCGUCCUGUGCAAAAGUACUGUUUGCUGUACGAAGCCCAACAAACUGCCGCACCUUAUGGCUAUAAAUCAUCAAAAGUUGAGCGUUGACAUCAUUGUAUUACUUUGUGUGUGGAGUAGCAUUAUUACCCUUGCAGUUUGCAGCAUUGUAGACAAACAUGUCAUGCUUGGACCUGCUUUCAUAAAAAAAAAAAAAAAAAAAAAAAAAAAAAAUGCUGAGUCAAAAGUCAAAUGAUAGUCGCCAUUACCACAGCCAAAUACAAAUUGAAUAUGAAACUGUGGAGCGAGUGCCGCUGGCGGUAAGCAGGCUGCAGCUAAUGGUAAACAGGAACACCACAUUCUUUUAAAACUAAAAAUUAAAUUAUAUUGUAAAUGUAUACACAUGAAAUCAUUAUGUAUAAUGAUGUUCUUAGUAAGUUUGGGUCGUAUUAUUGUGUUAUGUUGACAAAUGCGUUUUGUUCUUGUAUUUGGCAGUAAAGAACUGUGAAGAUGGAUGAGGACCAUGCUCACUGUAUGAGCUGUGUUAACCAGAGAUGCAUGGUCAGACCUCAGCCGGGCAUCUCUUGUGAUCUGAUCACCUGCCCUCUGGUGUGCGGGGCCGUCUUUCACUCCUGCAAAGCCGAGGAGCACCACCUCCUGUGCCCCCUUUUGAGGGUCCCCUGCCUGAACAGUGCCUAUGGCUGCCCUGCUGCUCUGGUUCGCCAACAAAUGUAUGCACACCUAGAAGUGUGUCCUGCCGGGGUGGUGUGCUGCACCAUGGAGUGGAACAGGUGGCCCGUCAGCUGCAUGGACUACUCCUCGUACGAGAGCUUGAGUCGCGGCGUAGAGGAGGUUGAGCAGCUGGACAUGGCGCUCGCUCUCCAGGACCAGCGGACUCUCCUAGAGUCCCUCAAGUUGAGUGCUGUCGCGCCCACUGUUGAGAGGGGGUCACUGAGCCCGGCGAGUAAGGUUGCCAAGGUAACGGAGCCGACUGUCCCAGAGGCUUUCGUCGAGUUCCCGUCACAGUCUUCAUCCUCGCACCAGACAACAGCGGGCUCUGCGAGGGAGAGGAUAGCCAAUGGAAUUAAUGGACUGAACGAGCAGCACUUCACCAAACUGUAUGCGGCCACUCUGGAGACGGCAAAGAGCUUAGCCACCGCUUUGGAGUUGGUCGGCAAUGCGAGCGAUCCUGAUAGCGGCACGGAAGGCAUGAGAGCAGAGGCCGCUCUCCAGACGAGUAGACUGGGCCGCCUUGUGCAACGUGGCCUGAGCGCAAAUGGGUCUCAAGAAGAACCCGAUCCAAGUAGUUCGAUAACUAAUGACUGCCUAGAGAUCGUUGCCGCUCAGGAUCAAAUAGUGCCUCCUGUGCACAUCGGCAAGGGUGUGGCACAGAGAGCUGGGCAUGUGGUGCUCCAAGAAAGGGGGCUGGUCCGACAAAACCACAAGCCUGAGUGGAUGUUGCACAGCUGUCACAGUUUUAGGGCCCAAGACAAGUCUCUGUGCCGAUCACAAACCAAGAUGGAGGACAAAACUGUGGACACCUCUGAUCUGGAGCAGGGUGACGACCCUAUGGGAAUCGGAGAAAUCGAUCUCAUCACGGCAGCGCUCAUCUUCUGCCUGGAAGAGUCCAGAGAAUGUAGGAGGAUCUCGGAUACGAUCCGCGUCGAGGGCGGACGCAUCAACUUCGGAACGCAGACCUUCUCUUUCCCGGCAGCUGUCCUGGUGACCAACACGAGGGUCGGCGACAUGGCCUCCGCAUCUGCCUGCGACCAUGCGGCCCCCCAGCUCUCCUAUCCCAGCCCCUUCCGCACCCUCCGCCUCGGCCUCGUCCUGGAAGCCCAGGAGGUCGAGGCGGUCCCGCAUAACUACUACCUCCAGAGUAACGGCCGCUACCAGCACAUGUUCCCCUUCGUCUGCGCUCAGCCUUUCCGCCGCGAUCAGUUCUCCUCGCAUUUCACGAACGUCCACGGUGACAUUCACGCUGGUCUCAACGGGUGGAUGGAGCACCGUUGCCCCCUGGCUUUUUACGGUUGCACCUUCUCCCAGCGGAGGUUUUACCCCUCUCGUCCAGAGGCCAAGGUGGUCCACGACAGGCACCUCAGGUCCUUUGGCGUCCAGCCAUGUCCUGGUUUGAAACCCUCGGGCGAUUCCCAGUCCGACCAGUUCAGUGGAUUACCCAAUGAGAUACUGUGGCACAUAGCCGGCUUCCUGGACAGCUUCAGUCUGUGCCAGCUGUCUUUGGUAUCGCGGACAAUGAGGGACGUGUGUGCCAGUCUCCUCCAGACCAGAGGUAUCGUGGAGCUGCAGUGGGAAAGGAGGCAGUGUUCCAGUGGACGCAGGACGGUAUCAUGGCAGAUUCAACACAAAGUGUGGAGGUUCAGCACCGCUUUCAGCCCGGUGCUGAAAUGGGGCUUCACCAACCUCCCCAGCAUGUCGGACCACCUGAAGAAGUGCCAGUACAACACGGCGGAGCACAGGACCGAGCCCGUGCCCCUUCCCGCCAUGUGUCCCGAGCAGGAGGGCUACUCCCUGCGUCGCACCCUGCGCCACGUCAGCACUUGACCACACCACGGGGGACCAGACUGAUCACAAGCCAUUCAUGGGAAAUUGUAUGAAAACGUCACCGCACCCGCAAUAUCAUCUCAGACGACAGAAAGUCGUGUUGUAAUACACUCCACAAGCAACGCAAGUCAGCUACAUCGAGUACGGUGAAGUUAAAAACUAUUUCUCAUAAGACACUGUUGCCUUAAUAUUGCUAACACCAGUUAUUACUCAGCAUCCACCAACUGUAAAUGCACAUUCAUCUACCACAUCACGCUUGAUUUAUUCAACCCUGCAAUGUUUACAUCAUGAAUUGUUUUAGUAGUCACGGAAUGUCACGCUUUUGUCCACCAUCUUGUCACUCGGCCUAGAAGCUGUUUUUAUGUUCAUGGUCUGUUGAAUUAAAGCAAAAAAAUAAAGUCAAAUAAAAUAAAUUGUGUGUUAUUGUUUAUGUUGUACGCAUAUGUAACAAAAAAAUCAAAGGGGGCCA